UUCAAGAAAUGGUUAGUUUCUUUACUUCACGUUUCGAUAUAGUAUUGGUUUCUGUUCAGUUACUGUUAUUGCACUUGCAUGUGCAUUCAACAACGCACUGGCAAGACGUGGAGGUGUUGAAGCAGCUCAAGAACAGCGUGGAUCCCACUUCAAUCACUCCCGGUUCCUGUCUUGCCUCCUGGGACUUCUCCCUCGAUCCCUGCGACAAUUUAUUCACCGGAAACUUCACCUGCGGCUUCCGAUGCGACGUCGCCGUUUCCUCCCUCGCCAGAGUCACGGAACUCGCUCUUGAUCACUGGGGUUACUCCGCUUCACUCACUUCCGUUUCUUGGAACAACCUCCCUUACCUCCAAACUCUUGACCUCUCCGCCAAUUCUUUCCAUGGCUCUAUCCCUCACUCCCUCUCUCACCUCCUAAACCUCCGGCGAAUCACUCUGUCGCAUAAUUUAUUUUCUGGGCCCAUCCCCCCGUCACUCGGGUUGCUGUCGGGGCUUGAAGAGCUCUACCUCGACUAUAACAACCUUGAAGGAACGGUCCCCUCGAGUAUUAACCGUCUCAACAACCUUAAACGCAUCGACCUUCAAUGCAACAACCUCACCGGGGAGUUUCCCCAGCUUACUGGGUUGAAUACCCUGUAUUUCCUUGACGUCAGCAACAACGGGAUCUCCGGCGGGCUUCCGGCUGAGCUCCCGGCAUCUCUCGUCCAGCUCUCCAUGAGGAACAACGCGGUGGAGGGAAAUCUUCCGGCGAGCGUAACCGCCUUGCUCUCUCUAGAGGUACUGGACCUGAGUCACAACAAACUUAGUGGGUCAAUCCCGGCGGCUCUUUUCACCCACCCGUCUCUCCAACAGGUCACCGUUUCACAUAACCAAUUCGGGUCAAUCGACGAACCCGCCGCCGGGAAAUGGUUUCACGAUUCCCAACUUAUUGCGGUGGACUUGAGCAACAACCACAUCCGCGGGUUCUUGCCCGGGUUCAUGGGUUUAAUGCCCAGAUUAUCGUCUCUCUCACUGGAGAACAACAAGUUGUCGGGUAUUAUACCGACCCAAUACGCAAUGAAGGUGUUGGAGCCGGGUCCAGGGGUAUCGCGGUUGGAGAGGCUGCUGCUCGGAAGCAACUACUUGUCCGGAGCAAUCCCGGGUCCUCUGCUGGAUCUAAAACCGGGUUCCGUUAAAGUCCGACUUGGGGACAACUGUUUGUACCGUUGUCCGUUGAGAUUAUUUUUGUGUGAGGGCGGGAAACAAAAAUCUUUGACGGACUGUAAGGCCUUGGGGCACAUUAUUCCUUGAAUAAUAAUGCCUCAAUGUUUUAAUCCCUCAAUGUAUGGUUUUUUUUUUUUUUUUUUUUAAGAAAUAUGAAAAAU